AUGGCCAUCCAGUCGACUCUGAAUAGUAUGGGUCAAAAUGCCGUCCAGCCCGUCCAAAUGCAGAAGGGCGUCAAACGAAUUGCGGACGCGAAUGCAUUUGAAUCGCACAUGGCCAAGGGCUCGGUAGGGUAUCCGCGCGGCAACGCCUGGUCUUUACUCAAGCCUGUACCUUCUCUUGCCGGAAGAGCGGGUGCCGGCGCUGGUGUUGCGGCCAGAGCUGGCGGCUCUUGUGGCACCAGCAAAGGUGCUAAAAGCCAGGGACAGCGUGGAGGCAAGGGCAAUGCGAGCGUCAGUGGAGCAGGCCCAGCGGGUGCCAAUGCUGCGAAUGCAGUGGCUAUCGCUGCAAAUGCAACUGCGGCUGCCACAACUGGUGGAGGCACCACAAAUGCCAGACGCACCGAGAACAAUGACAAUAAUGCCAGCAACGCCGGUACUGUAGCUGUUGGCGCCGAGAAGAAGAACACAGUCAAGCCCAUGUCUAACCAUGAGAAGCAACAGCUAAGUGCAGACAUUAAUAAGUAG